AUGAGUUUCAGCAGCUGUCUGUAUAAAAUUGGGGAAGCGCUGAACAGUUAUGAGGUGGCCGCGCUCAAGUUCCUGAGCCUGGACUACAUCCCACCGGGAAAGCAGGAGCCCAUCAAGGAUGCCUUGAUGCUUUUCGAGAAACUCCAGGAGAAGAGAAUGCUGGAGGAAAGCAACUUGUCCUUCCUGAGGGAGCUGCUAUUCCGAAUCGACAGGCUGGAUCUGCUGGAAAAGGGCCUGAAGACCAGCAAGGAGGAGAUGCGGAAGGAGCUUCAGAUCCCGGGCCGGGCUCAGAUCUCUCCGUACAGGGUCAUGCUUUUCCAGAUUUCAGAAGAUGUAACUGCACAGGAAUUGAAGGAGAUUAAGUUUUUUUUGAACCAGGAGCUCUCCAGAUACAAACUGGCGGAAAGCGUGAGCUUGCUUGAUAUUUUCAUGGAGAUGGAGAAGAGACUCAUCCUUGGGAAAAGAAAUUUGGACACCCUAAAAAGAAUCUGUGGUCAAAUCAACCUGAGCCUGCUGGAUAAAAUCAGUGCUUAUGAAAAAUUAAGUAAAGAGGGAGGGCCAAUUUCAGACUAUCCUCGAGAGCAGGAGAGUGAGCCCCAGGAACAAAACUGUGAGUCGCCACGGGAGCAGAACUGUGGGCCCUGGGAGCAGGACAGUGAGUCCCGGGAGCAGGACUGUGAGCCACCACAGACAGCGGACAAAGUUUACCGAAUGAAAAGCAAACCUCGAGGAUACUGUGUGAUCUUUAAUAAUUAUGAUUUUAGCAAAGCACGGGAGAAGGUGCCCAAACUUCACAAAAUAAAGGAUAGGGAUGGAACAGACUAUGAUGAAGAGGCUUUGCACAACAUCUUUAGUGAGCUUCAUUUUGAGGUAGUGCGUUACAAAGACGCCACAGCAAAGCAAAUCUGUGAGAUCCUGAAAAGCUACCAAAGCAAGGACCACAAAGAAAAAGACUGCUUCAUCUGCUGCAUCCUUUCCCAUGGAGACAAGGGCAUCGUCUAUGGCUGCGAUGGGCAGGAAGCCCCCAUCUAUGAGCUGACCUCUUACUUCACUGGUUUGAAGUGCCCUUCCCUUGCAGGCAAACCAAAAAUCUUUUUUAUCCAGGCUUGUCAAGGGGAUAACUUUCAGAAAGGCAUAACUGUUGAGACCGACUCAGAAGAGAAUGAUGCUUAUUUAGAAAUGGACUCAUAUCAGAAGAGAAAUAUCCCCAAUGAGGCUGACUUUCUGCUGGGGAUGGCCACUGUGAACAACUGUGUUUCCUACCGAAGCACCGAAAAGGGGUCCUGGUAUAUCCAGUCACUGUGCCAGAGUCUGAGAGAAAGAUGUCCUAGGGGUGAUGACAUUCUCACCAUCCUCACUGAGGUAAACUUUGAAGUGAGCAGUAAGGACGACAAGAGGAAUAUGGGGAAGCAGAUGCCACAACCCACUUUCACUCUGAGGAAAAAGCUCUACUUCCCCCUUGAUUGA